ACACUGGCACAUACGCACAUUAGUCCCUGCUUUUCUUCGAAUUCGUGGCACAUGAUCCAUUAGAUCCAGUGCAUCUCACUGGCUUCACCUCUCGCACAGUUCGACUCAUCCCCAAAAUCGCCUCUAGGGUUAGGGAGAGUAAUGCAGCCGGAGCUCAACCUACCGGCGCCGCCUAGCACAGGGCUGGACUGCCUCUCGCAUUCUCCUCCGGCACAGCGUCAAGUGCUGCCACGACCUGCGGAGAUAUUCCAGCCGCAUCUCCACGCCGACCACACGGCCUCAUCUCUGGUUUUGUACCACUCGCCGACACAUGUCGCAUCGUCUGUGGCUCCAUUCACCACCGGAGACGGAACCUGUAGAAGCCUCGCGCCGACGUGCGAUUCCUCGGGGAGUGCCACAAAUCUUGUUGGAGCUGAGCCUACUUUGUCUAUCAUGGAGCCAUUGGAAACUAUUGCUCAGAGCUUAGGGUCAACGACGGCCACGACGCUUGACGACGAUGCCAACAGUUUUUUCACGGGUGCAAUGUUGUCCAGUUCAUAUGACGGAGGUAGCUACAGCACACCCAUGAGAAAAAAAAACCUGCCAUUUUGUGGAACGACGUAUGAGCCUAAAUGCAAUGAUGAAUUGCAGCCCAAAAUUGGCAUGGAAUUUGAUAGCUGGGAAAAUGGCGAGCAUUCUACACACGGUAUGCUCAUGAGGUUGGGUUUUCUGUACGAACAGGAACACAACACUUAGCGAAGGAUCGUGUAGCACUGUGGAAGCGGUUUGUCUGUGCAAAGCAAGGCUGGAGGAAAACAAAAGAGCUCAGCAAUGAAUCUGCGAAGAAACGGAAAAGAAAUGUGAAGAUAAGUAGGUGUGGUUGUGAGGCUAUGAUAGGUUUGAAGAGAAGAAACGAUGGUAAGUAUGUGGUUGCCCGUUUGGUUCUACAGCACACACAUCAGCUCGUGUCACCAAGUAAGCGGCAGUUCCUAAGAUCAAAUAGAGAAGUAAGCAGUGAACUCAGGAGCAAAUUAUUUACAUGCCAUAAAGCAUUGAUUGGCACUUCUGCAGCAUACCGUUUGCUUAGUGUAGAAAGAGGACCUGGACAAGUUGGUUGCAUGAAGCGUGAUUUACAGAACUGCUACCGUGAUUUCAAGGAAACAAUUAAAGAUUCAGACGCCCAAACGAUUAUUGGUGCUAUGAAAACUAAGCAAAGCAUCAAUCCAUCGUUUUUCUUUGAUUACAAACUAGAUGAAGAGAACAAGCUAACACAUAUUUUCUGGGCUGAUGGUACCUCUCGGAAGAACUAUGCACUAUUUGGGCAGGUUGUCUCCUUUGAUUCUACAUAUCGAACCAACCAAUAUGACAUGGUUUUUGCCCCAUUCACUGGAGUUAAUCACCAUGAUUCUUGUGUUACAUUUGGUGCUGCAUUCCUCGCAAAUGAAACAUUUGAGUCAUACAAAUGGUUAUUCUCUACUUUUCUAGCGGCCAUGGGAGGGGUUGCGCCUAAAUUAAUCAUUACCGAUGAGGACGCCAGCAUGAAAGAAGCAGUUCCAGCUGUAUUUCCAAGCACUAGACACCGAUUUUGUAUGUGGCAUAUUCUUAACAAACUGCCAGAAAAAGUUGGGCGUGAUCUAAUGAAGGACGAGGAUUUCCUAAAGAGGUUCGGAAUAUGUGUAUGGGCUUCAGAGACUCCAGAUGAGUUCGAGGAAAAGUGGAAUUUAGUAAUAUCAGAUUAUGGACUUGGAAACAAUGGGUGGUUGGCCAGCAAGUUUGACAUUCGGCAACGAUGGAUACCUGCAUACUUUCAUGAUGUACCACUUGGUGGGAUAUUGAGGACUACAUCGAGAUCUGAGAGUGAGAACGCAUUUUUUGGUCACUUUCUGAAUCGGCGACUCUCUUUGCUUGAGUUUUGGAUAAGAUAUGAAACUGCUAUAGAUGAACAAUGACAAAAAGAAUUGGAGAAUGACCAUACCUGCCUUCAUACACAACCAGUUUUAUGCACAAACUGGGGCAUGGAGAGUCAUGGUAGGGAUGUUUACACUCAUUCCAUUUUUAAACUAUUCCAGUUAGAAGUGCUUGCUGCUAGGGACAAAUGUGAUGUACAGAAAAUGGAGCAAGUUGGUGAGCUUAAGAAAACAUGUUUGACUGGAAGUGGCAGGCCGAGAGAAGUGAUUUACAACAAUCGUACCAAGAUUGCACAAUGCUCUUGCAAGAUGUUUGAAUCUGUGGGGAUUCCUUGUUCUCACAUAAUUAUUGUUCUAAAGUGGGAGAAAUGCCUAGAAAUUCCUAGUCAUUAUGUUCUUGAUAGAUGGACAAAAACCGCUACGCAGAAGGUAGUGCACGACAGUAAUGGCAAUGUCUUACAAGGAUCAUGUACAUCGCUUCCAUCACCCAUUAAGUUGUUAUAUUCUGAUACAUGCUCUAAGUUCAAUAUGGGCAUGCUUGCUGCUAAACAAUGUGAAGAGAAGAUGAAGUAUUUCCAGAAGGCUAUUUUUGAGGUUGUUGACCAUGUCCUGAACAUGGGAACAAAGAGCGAGCACAAUAAAGUUAAAGAGUUUGAGUCAUUUGUUGGAUCGACAUUCCCAACUGACAUUAGUAUUCAUCCACCUGACAUAGCACACACAAAAGGGAACGGUCACCGAUUUAGGAAGGCCUCAGAGAUAGCAGCCACUGGGAAAAAUAAAAAGAGGUAUCGAAGGCAUAAUUUUAUAUCAAUGUUGUCCUUUUUGUUAAUUAACCGAUGAUGUAUAUGUUCUAGGGCGCAAAGCAGCAAGAAGCCCAAACAGGACUAGAUGGUAACAGUUGUGUUGUGCUUGUUUUGGGCAACAUGAUCUGCUACUAUGGCCUAGAGACUUCAAUGGCGUGCAUGGACAAAGAUCUCAAAAUUAUGUACUAGUGAAUUGUGCCCAGUAUUAAUUGACGUAGAGACAUUUCAUUUUAUUUAUGUUCUAGUGCUUGUGAGGGAAUAAUAGGUUCCAGAGAUUGAUAUGGUGUAGCCUAACAAUAUGUUUGUGUACUGCUAUGGAUCAAGGUUAUCUGAAUUAUAUUUUCAGUUGUUGGAUCACAAAAGGAAACUGAGUGUUGAUGUUGUUUGUUACUCGUA